GCGCUAGAAGCCGUCACACCGCGGGAUGGGCGGGGCUUCUUUAGCAAUGACUCCAUUCAAUAUGGAGGUACAGAAAAUAGGCUGAUUCGCUCCUCUGCAUCUCUGCGUCCUCACUCAGUUUUCAGCCACUUUUAUCGCAUUUCGGGGCACAAAUAAUGACCCCGUAGAUGUCAACCGACAGGACUCCUUCACAUACGUUUGACAUAUUUUACAAAUGUCGUGUGAAUGUUGGCGUUAAUUGUUACUAGCCGACUAAACGUCCGUUAACAGUUCCAACUGUCAUCAACGGUUAAACAGUUUGACAGUUUAAAAAACGGCCGUUAGCUUGUAAAAACCGUUAAUCUACUCGACGCUUUCGACAUCCGGAUGACGGUUUAACUACUCCCGUUAAUUUCCCGUUAAAGUAAAUUACCCAAGUUUGUGCCCGUCUGGGACCGGCCGGCGGGUUUAUUGGGUGAAAGGUGACAUCGCUUCAGUCUGUUGACUCGGAGAAUGCACAAUGCGGCAAGUGUCUCAGCCUCUCUGGGGUCCAUGGGACUGUUGCGUCUCUUCGGGGUGUCCUGGUCCUGGAGCCUGGCAGCAGGCCUUGGUGUUUAUCUGGGCACAAGGAGCUGGAAGUACUUCUACAUUGCAGCACGCACAGCCAAGAGAGACAUCAUUGGCCUCUAUGUGCUGUUGAGAGUGAAGGUGGCUUUGUGGCGCUACAUGCGCAAUGGAAGUAACAUCCCUUCCAUAUUCGCCCAGACGGUAAAACGACACCCAGAUAAACCAGCACUGAUUUACGAGGCCACAGGGGAAACCUGGACCUUUGCCCAGCUGGACGAGCUGUCAAAUGCUGUGGCCAACUGGGCGAGAGGUCAGGGGUGGGUCUCCGGGGACGUGGUGGCCCUCUUCAUGGAGAGCAGGCCGUUGCAGGUGGCGCUCUGGCUGGGCUUGGCCAAGGUCGGGGUGGAAGCUGCGCUCAUCAACUUCAACCUCCGCCACGAUUCCCUCCUGCACUGCAUCGGGGUAUCGGGGUCACGGGCGAUUGUGUUUGGAGCGGAGCUGGCUGAUGCCAUGUUUGAGGUCAGUUCCUCCAUCGCUCAGUCCAUGGUACGGUUUAGUACGGGGGACCUCAGUGCAGAACAUCUGGCCCGACUGGCUGCUCAACCUCUGGACCCAGUUUUAGCCUCUUCACCUCGACAUCCUCCUUCACCUUGUGUUCCCCCGAAAGGCAUGAACGACCGUCUAUUUUAUAUUUACACCUCCGGAACCACGGGAAUGCCCAAGGCUGCCAUUGUGGUACACAGUCGUUACUACAGAAUUGCUGCUUUUGGGUAUUUCGCCUUUCGCAUGAGUCCUGUUGACGUCAUCUAUGACUGCCUGCCUCUCUACCACUCAGCAGGUAACAUCAUGGGGGUCGGUCAGUGUCUGAUCCACGGCCUCACUGUGGUAGUGAAGAAGAAAUUCUCUGCCAGCCGCUUCUGGGAAGAUUGCAUUAAGUACAACUGCACUGUGGUGCAGUAUAUCGGGGAAAUCUGCCGCUACCUCCUGUCUCAGCCAGUACGGCCGUCAGAAAAAGGCCACAAAGUUCGACUGGCAGUGGGGAACGGGUUGCGCCCCAGUGUGUGGGAGGCCUUCACGGAGCGUUUUAGGGUGGCGCAGAUUGGCGAGUUCUACGGAGCAACUGAAUGCAACUGCAGCAUCGCCAACAUGGAUGGCAAGGUUGGAGCCUGCGGAUUCAACAGUCGCAUUCUCCCCAACGUGUACCCGAUCCGUCUGGUGAGGGUGGACGAGGACAGCAUGGAGCUGGUUCGCGACAGCCGGGGGCUCUGUGUGCCUUGUCGCCCUGGGGAGCCGGGGCUUCUGGUGGGUCGUAUCAACCAACAGGACCCGUUACGGCGUUUUGAUGGCUACGCUAACCAGGAUGCUACAAGGAAGAAGAUCGCUCACAAUGUCUUCAAGAAAAAUGAUUCUGCAUAUUUAUCAGGUGACGUGCUGGUGAUGGAUGACAUGGGCUACAUGUACUUCCGUGACCGUGGCGGUGACACGUUCCGCUGGCGAGGAGAAAACGUCUCCACCACCGAGGUGGAGGGCGUGCUCAGCGGUCUUCUGGGUCAGACUGACGUGGCUGUGUAUGGCGUGGCCGUGCCAGGUGUGGAAGGUAAAGCGGGCAUGGCUGCCAUCGCAGACACCACAGGGAGUUUUGACUGCAACAGUUUCUUGCAGAACGUCCAGCAAGCUCUUCCUUCGUAUGCUCGCCCCAUGUUCCUGCGAAUCUCCCCACAUGUGGACACCACAGGUACAUUUAAAAUCCAGAAAACCAGGCUGCAGAGGGAGGGAUACGACCCACGUCUCACCACUGACCAGAUCUACCUUUUGAACACUAGAGCCGUGUGUUAUGAGGCUGUAGACGAGGAGCUAUACAACGCUAUAGCGGAGGGAAGAAUGUCUCUAUGACAUGGAGGCCGUAGCAGGUCAGUGAAGGUGCCUCAGUUAAAGAGAUGCUGUAGAGAGGGGAUGCAUACGCUGGUGUCUUGGUGCACCACCUGCCUGGAUUUUAACCUUUCAGGGAACUGAGUUGAGAGGACUACUUACAUAGAGGCAGAUUGUUACAGAUCAUGUUUUAACACUGUAUGAGUAACACACCAGGACAUAAUGUGAGGGCAUUUAUUCCCUUUUAAUAACAUGUUUUUAAUUAUUAAAUGAACACCUCAAAAAGCCUUUGAGCAUCACCGCACAUAGAGUGGGUAUCUCCCACACAACCCAUAUGAAGUAGGAUACACAUUACAGUAAUGUGGUUAGGACAGCGUGGGGUAGCAUCAAGUCAAACUGUUACAGGGUAUAUUCCCAUUUAUGAAAUAUGCUGCAAGUAUACAGUAGGUCUUUGUAGGUUUAAGCAAUACUUGAGUGUGAAGCUAUGAAGUUAAUGAUGUGUGUUUUUAAGACCAGACUCCAACAUGCAGUACAUGUGGCUACUAGAGAAAACACUAACCAUAGAGUCUUUUUUAAAUGCAAUGGAAAACUAACCUCACUUGUCAUGUUUGAACCUCUGAGCAACACUGGCACAGGUUUGCAAAUACACAAGAGUUACUCUAAUGUGCCUUAUAUGAAACAUCAGAUCUGUUUCAAAUGUUUUUAUGCUUUUGUUGGAGAGGAACUCAAAAGAUUGUGAAAAUCACAGUAGUGAUUUUGUGUCAUGCAAAGCUGAGUCACACAUAGUGACUGUCAUUUUAUGUAACAAAUCUUAUCAGUGUAGUAAUAUAUUGGUGUUGCAGCUAUUUACAAUUUCAAAAACUCCCAGACUACAUUUUUUUUUUGUUGUAACUCAAAUUAAAUAUUUUAAAACA